CAGCGUGUGCUGGUGCUGCUGAACGAUGCGGGCCUGGAGCAGAGCCACAGCAGCUUUCUGAAGGGGCUGGGCGCCCGGGGGUACCAGGUGGACAUCAAGCCCAUCACCGACAAGAGCCUGCAGCUGAAGAGCUGGGACGAGUGGCUGUACGACAAGCUCGUCAUCCUGGGCUCGAACAAGGAGCUGGGAGGCGCCGCCGAUGUGGCGCAGGUGGUUGAGUUUGUGGAUGAGGGCCACGACCUGCUGCUGGCGGUGGACUCCCAGGUGUCGGAGGAGCUGCGGGAGCUGGCGCAGGAGCUGGGGGUGGACAUCGACGUCAAGGGCCACGCCGUGAUUGAUCACUUCGCGUACGACUCGCAGCUGGGCGCCGCCGACCAUGCGGCCGUGCUGGCCGACAGCGCGGUGCAGUCGCCGGCGGUGCUGCCCGGCGGCCUGCCGUGGCCUGUGCUCUUCCGCGGCAUCGCUCUCUCGGUGCCGGCAGACAGCGAGACGGCCUUCCUGGCCCUCUCCGGCUCCCCCACCGCCUACAGCGGCAAGCCCGGCGUGGCACAGACGGACGCCAAGCUGGCGGGCGGCAGCCUGGGGCUGGUGGCGCUGGCACAGCUGCGCAACAAUGCGCGCGUGGCGGUGGCCGGCUCCCUCGACAUGUGCUCCGAUGCCGCCUAUGCCGCGGCUGCCACCAGCCGCACCGGGCAGAGCCUGGGCGCCGUGGCCAACCGGGCCUUCUGCGACGCCAUCAGCAAGUGGGCGUUCCAGGAGCGCGGCGUGCUGCGCGCCAGUGGGCUGAGCCACCGCGUGGUGGAGGGGGCGGAGGCGGGGGCGGUGGCGCCGGAGCGGUACCGCGUCAACGACCUGGUGGAGUUCUCGGUACAGAUCCACGAGUGCGCAGACGGCGCCUGCACGCCGUACAAGGCGGAUGAUGUGCAGGUGGAGCUUCAGAUGCUGGACCCGUAUGUUCGCGCCACGCUGGCGCACGACGACGCGGGACGCUUUGCGGUACGGGUCACGGUGCCGGACACGUACGGCGUGUUCAAGUGGGUGCUGGAGUACCGCCGCCUGGGAUAUUCCUUCAUCGAGCUCACUGAGACGGUGCCCAUCCGCCCCUUCAAGCACCACGAGUACGAGCGCUUCAUCGUGCAGGCGUACCCCUACUACGCCUCGGUGGCCUCCAUGAUGGCGGGCUUCAUGGCAGUCGGCUUCUUCUUCCUGUAC